AUGAAGAAGAGGGAGCCAAAGCCGGACGUAGCCUCGUUCAAUGUGUUCAUGAAGUUCUACAGCCGAAGCAAGAAUUUGCGUGGGAUCUCUAGCAUCAUGCGAGAGAUGGACGUUUUGGGUAUGCAUGGUGACAUCUAUACAGCUUCUGUCCUUCUGCCCGCCCUCUACUCGGCGCGGACGGAUGCGCUACAGCUCAUCCUCGCCCUUUUGCGCCAAAACGGUGUUACCGUUGACACUGAUACAUGCACGACGCUCCUGACACAUCUCGUACGCUCGGAGGACGACACCGCGUUCGAGGCAGUCGUCGCCAUCAUUGAAUAUAUGGAGGCUCACAUGCCAGAGCUGGCGCCCACUAGCAAAACAUUCGGUGCCGUCCUCUGCGGAAUUGAACGCAGAGUAUGGAGCAAGCCGUCCUUGGCUGCCUACUACCAGCACCUUGUCAUCACGAAGAUGAACAAGCAUCAGCCGCGCAAGCUACCCAGAUUCAAGCUUCAGAUCAUGCAUGUUAUCCAAGCAUGCUGCGAAAACCCAACGCCCGAGGGGAUGCGGCGCGCCAUGGCAUAUUAUCGGAUGCACAGGCGCGCAAAUAGCGAGAAAGGGCGUGCAGUGAAUUGGCAGAUAUGGGGCAAGCUCAUGGCCCACCUGAUCCGAAGUGGCGAGUGGGAGCUCGCUGAUGAGCUGGCCCGCGACCGAGCUGAUGUCGACCAGCUCUCGCCUGGUAUGCUACAUCUGCUCGAACAAGCGAGAACACGCAGUAGUGAUAUUUCUUAUCUGACGGACGAUUAA